GCUGGCCGCUGGGCUUCCUCUCACUACCAGAUUUGGUAGUCAGUGGAAACGCAAAGCGAAUGCUUCACAUUUAUACAUCCGGUGAAAUAUCUGUCUCAUUGUUCUAUCUGUGUUUCUUCCUCUCUCUCGACUUCGGCAGUUUUGCUCGCUGCGUAGCUUCGAAAGGGUUCGAUUUAGCUUCAAAUCUCGAUCUGCACCUCCGCUUUGAUGGCAUUUUUUCUUUCCUAUAGUGCCCCCGCCACUCUUUGAAAAUUCCACCUAAAAGGAAAAAACGAUCCACCCCAAAUAUUGGGUUUUAUUCUCACGUGUACAAUUACUACCCAGAGGGCUUAGGGGCGGCUCUCCGCCGAGAGCCGUUCGACUUCAACGCCGAGCCACCUUGGGAUCCUAGCUGAUAGUGGGGGAGCUCCAUCUCCUAACUCGUCCAUUUUGCUGCAUACUAUCAAGGACCCCAGGGGCUCAGAGAGAGACCACUUCACCCAGGGGCUCAGAGAGAGACCACUUCACCCAGGGGCUCAGAGAGAGACCACUUCACCCAGAGGAUCAGAGAGAGACCACUUCACCCAGAGGAUCAGAGAGAGACCACUUCACCCAGGGGCUCAGAGAGAGACCACUUCACCCAGAGGAUCAGAGAGAGACCACUUCACACAGAGGAUCAGAGAGAGACCACUUCACCCAGGCAUAAUUCUUUAUGACUGGCAGAUUAGCAGACAACAGUUGAGAUGAAGGGACUAGCUGACGAACCAAACUACUCCGUCGCCCUGCUGGAUGGAGCCACGGCCCUCAGCGAUGUGGUUGAGAAUCACAUUUAUGAACAAACACUGGCUGAGAAGAAUGCGUUCUUCGUGGCAGACUUGGGGGUCCUUAUGAGGCAACAUGUUCGCUGGCGAACCCACAUGCCCCAGAUGCGUCCCUUCUACGCUGUCCAAGCCAACAGCAGCCUGGCUGUCAUUGAGAUCCUAGCUGCUCUCGGCACUGGCUUCAUCUGCACCAGCAAGUAUGAGUUGGAGCUUGUGCAGGGCUAUGGCGUUCCCUCUGAAGACAUUAUCUACAGCGGUGUGUGUAAGCAGCUCUCCCAGAUCAAGUACGCCGCUAAGAACGGCAUCGACUUCCUGGUGUGUGACAACGAGGCCGAACUACGCAAGAUCGCUCGCUGCCAUCCCCGUGCCAAACUGCUGCUGCAGGUGGCCACAGAGGCUUCCAGCGAGGGUGAUGAAAUGGGCAUGGCGUUUGGCUCCAAGCUGAAGGACUGCAGACACCUGCUGGAGAGCGCCAAAGAGCAGGGCCUGCAGGUGGUGGGGGUCAGGUUCCACAUUCCCAGCUCCUGUGACGACCCUCAGGCCUACAGCCAUGCAGUGUCUGACGCUCGCUGUGUCUUUGACAUGGGGGAGGAUAUUGGCUUCAGUAUGACACUCCUGGAUAUUGGAGGUGGAUUCAAUGGCUCAGAGACUCAGCUGAAACAGAUUAACAGUGCAGUCAGGCCGUUGUUGGACCUGUACUUCCCUGCAUCGUCUGGCGUCUCCAUCAUGGCAGAGCCUGGCAGUUACUACGUGUCCUCCUCCUUCACCCUGGCUGUCAACAUCAUCGCUAAGGAAGUAGGCGCCCGGGAUCUUCAUGGCAAUCACGAUGAACCAUCUCCCAACGAUGAGCCAGAGUUCCUGUACUACAUGAAUGAUGGUGUGUACGGCUCGUUCACUAGCAAGCUAGCAGACAAUGUGAUUCCAGCCCCGGCUCUGCCCAAGAGCGGUGUGUCCGAGGAUCCGGUGUUUGCCAGCAGUCUGUGGGGUCCGUCGGGUGAUGAGCUGGACCAGGUGGUGGAUCAGUGUCUGCUGCCAGAGCUCAGUGUGGGAGACUGGCUGAUCUUCAACAACGCUGGGGCCUAUAGCCUGGGCCCUCCGUCCACUUUCACAGAAUCACCCAGACCCCCCGUCUACUACACCAUCUCUACUGGAGACUGGUUUGAGAUGCAGGACGCUGGUAUCACCCAGGACAUCAGCAUGAAGAACUUCUCUCUGGUCCCCUACUUCCUCCACUCCAGCCAAUCAGACGAAGCCCUGUCGGUCCCAGCUUAGGCUAGCUGAACCAAUCCCAUGUCUCUGCUGUGCUGACCUCACCUGGUCAACAUUCCAAUGGGAGGAAAAGACUGAAUGGUGCUUGCUGGCUAAAAGCUUUUUAUUAUUCAUUUCAUAAGGAAUUGAGCUUGGGGGGGGGGUGUGACAAGCCCUAUACAGGAUGUUGUUGGAUCUCUCAAGGAGGUGUUCCUUCCUUUCCACAUUCAGUAAAAUAGUAUGCAACAAAAUGGAUGAGUCUGUAGGGAUGGAACUCCCACCUGUGUGGGUAUCCCAUGCGGUUACAGUUUACAUACAGUAAAUACAUACAAUGGAAUUUAAAAGUUAAUAUUUGAAACAUGUAUUAUAUUGCCUAUGUCUCCUUUUGCCAGUCUUGUAAAUUCAAUUGUCUACCUACUCAAAGUGGAGCAGUUAACAAAACCUGAUGUUUUAAAGCCAUUUUUGGAUGCUUUGCUAAAACAUAUUUAUGUUUAUUUAUGCUUUUGUUGGUUGUUUUUUUUGUGCUAUGAAUAUCUGAUCCCCUGGCACUUAUGAUCAGUCAGUAUUUAAAAGGUGGCAUACAGUAGCCAAUGAUGCAUCCCAAAUGGCACCCUAUUCCCUAUUUAGUGCAAUACUUUUGACCAGAUCCCUAUCUAGGGAGUAGUGUCAUUUGGGAUGCAUAUAACAGUACAGUGCCUCAGAUGAAGGGGAACUCUAUUUGACUCAAGCAAUAUGAGUACAGAAUAUCAUUCACCAAACAUCUCGUUGAUAGGGAGCUUGUGCUCACACUCUAAAUAUAGACCGUCUUGAGACUAUUAUCAUAAUGCAACAUUGAUGUUUCAUUUGUUUUUUAAAUCCCUCUUCCUUACAUGUCUCUGUGGAAAGAAUUGUCCAACAUCUGUGAAUUGGUCUCCAGUUUUGUCUAAAGUAAAUUAAUAUAAAAGCUCUCUGAAUCAUAA